AUGCAGAGUAGCUGGUCCUCAGCAUCCGGCCAGCCCCCGGGACACAAGGAGCCCGAGGAGCUGGCAGCAAAGCUCGCCUGUGGGAACCGUCCCUUCCAGACCCUCCAGGGCAGAUGUCCCUUGGUGGGAUGUGGGGCUCUGCAUGGUGGGGCCAGGGAUCGCAGGCAGGGCUGGGCUGCAAUUGCUCCUCACCGCUGUGUGUUUCUCGGGGCGCAGGCUGGCCGGGGCUGGUGUGACGAGACGUCGCGGUGCCAGCCGGGUUUCAGCUCCGAGAGCUACACCUUCCGCGUCCCCAGGCGGGAACUGGAAACCGGCCGAGUGCUGGGCAAAGUGAGCUUCGAGGGCUGCACGGGCCGGAAGCGGACGGUGUACCUGUCGGACGACACGCGCUUCCAAGUGCACACGGACGGCGUCGUCUCGGUGAAACGCCCCCUGCAGCUCCACGGGCAUGAAAGGAGCUUUUUCAUCCAUGCCUGGGACUCUGCCCGGAAGAAGCACUCCGCCAAGGUGAUCGUGCAGCGAGAGGGGCGUGGGCACAGCCUCCACCAGCACCCAGUAAGUGACCAACCCGCGGGGCGGGCAGGCUGCCCCAUCUGCCCCCACUCUGACCCUUAUCUCCCUGCUGGUCGGAUGCAGCCUGGAGCUCUUCGCACACCUGCAUUUGCUGCUGGGCAGGGACCUCGCUGUGACCCACAUCUCUCCCCUGCACUCUUCCCGGAGUCCCACCCUGGCCACAAGAGACAGAAGCGAGACUGGGUCAUCCCGCCAAUCAACUGCCCGGAGAACGAGCGGGGGCCCUUCCCCAAGACGCUGGUUCAGAUCAAAUCCAACAAGGACAAAGAGACCAAGGUUUUCUACAGCAUCACGGGGCAGGGCGCAGACACGCCCCCCGUGGGCGUCUUCAUCAUCGAAAGAGAGACGGGGGCGCUGAAGGUGACACAGCCCCUGGACAGAGAGGAAAUUAGUAACUACACGAUCUUUUCCCACGCGGUGUCUGCCAAGGGGCAGCCCGUGGAGGAGCCCAUGGAAAUCAUCAUCACCGUGACCGACCAGAACGACAACAAGCCUGAGUUCACCCAGCAGGUCUUCACCGGCUCCGUAGAAGAAGGAGCCAAGCCAGGGACCUCCGUGAUGCGGGUGACGGCCACAGACGCAGACGACAGCGUGAACACCUACAACGGGGUGCCUGUGUACACCAUCCAGGAGCAGAUUCCCGCACAACCUCAAGCCCAGAUGUUCACCAUCGACCGUGACAAAGGCAUCAUCAGUUUGAUUGCCACGGGGCUGGACCGGGAGGUGAGUGCGGGAGUGGGGAAGCAGCGCGGGUCGGAGCAGGGCCGUGCGACACGUUCGAACGCUGAGGGAGGCCCUCGGAUCUGA